GUGAAGGAGUUUGUUGGAGUAGGUACAGGCAAACCCAGAUUCAGAAAAAGAGACAAGGUGCUUUUUUAUGGAAGAAAAAUGUUACGCAAAGUAAAGUCCAUCAGUGGACAAGUACAUGCAAGUGGGCAAGGAAAGAAAAGAAAGGCUGUAAUGCGAUUUGCACGGAGACUUUUGCAACUUAAAAAAGAAACAGUGCCACAACAAUUAAAAGUUUUAGAACCACCUGCUGAAUAUCUAGAAGAAGACCUAGGUCCUGGAGACAAAGUACCACCUGAUGCUUUGUACAUGUUACAAAGUAUUAGAGUAUUUGGUCAUUUUGAAAAACCUGUAUUUUUGAAACUAUGCAAGCAUACAGAAAUUAUGAACUUACCAGCUGGAAGCACCUUAUUUAAAAUUGGAGACCCAGAUGAAAAUUUAUUUAUUGUACAACAAGGCUUGGUUAAUGUUUAUAUCACAGGACCUGAUGGCUCCCAAAUAUCAUUAAAACUAGUAAAAACAGGAGAAUCAGUAACUAGUCUUCUUAGUUUCACAGAUGUACUUACUGGGCAUACAAGUACCUAUAAAACAGUAUCUGCCAGAACUAUGGAGGAUUCCAUUGUAGUUAAGUUACCAAUGAAUGCAUUUCAAGAGGUUUUUCAAGAUUACCCUGAUGCAUUUGUUCGAGUUAUCCAGGUCAUUAUGGUUCGUCUUCAAAGAGUCACUUUCACUGCUUUACAUCAGUAUCUUGGACUAUCUGCAGAAUUAGUUAAUCCAGGACCACAUAAAAAGAAACAAAGUCCAUUUUCUGGGUCUCCAAUUAGAUCAAGAACUAAAGAAAAUUUUUCUACCCAAAACACAGAAAAUCAAUGCAAUGUAACUGCUUCAUCAGAACAACAUGAAGGAUGUGAUAUGUCUCAUCGUGACACCUCUGCAUUCAGUGGUCACCAAAGUGUACCUAUUGUUAUAAGUCGACGGCAAAAAACUAAUCUUGAUUGGAAAAAUCAAAAUUUAAGUCCACAAUCAGGUCAGAAUUCAGCCGAUAUGGUACCGGAAUGUGAUUCUCAUUGGCCAAAUUCUUCACCUAUAACACCGCAACGAUCAUUUCAAGGAUCACAGCAUGGACCACAAUCAGACGCAAUACAUACCGAAAAUUCUCAUCCACAUAAGAAACGAUCUACUACCACUGAACCAGUUCAACAACAGCUGGAUGAAGCACAUCUUGUACAAAUAGCUACAGAAGCAUUUGUCAGAGAACUUGGUUUAGAAGAUGAUUCAAUACUUAAAGAUGGUAAAGUUCAAAUUCGAGAAGUAUCAGCUGGAACUUACUUGAUGAAGGAAGAAUCUCAUAAGGAUGUUGCACUUGUCUAUGUUGUAUCUGGUUCAUUAAUAGUUAGUCAACGCGUUUCGGAAGGCAGAGAUCAAGGUCAAGAAGUUCAUAUGUUUAGUGCUCAUCAAGGUGAAAUUGUGGGCGGUCUUGCUGUAUUAACUGGAGAACCUUCUUUUUAUACCAUUAGAGCAAAACACACUAGUCGCAUAGCACUUCUUAGUAAACCAACAUUUUUCGCUAUUAUGCGAGAACAACCUACUGUUGUGUUACAUGUUGCACACUCAGUUGUUCGGAGACUUAGUCCUUUUGUUAGACAGGUUGAUUUUGCUCUUGAUUGGCUAUUUCUUGAAAGUGGAAGAGCAGUGUAUCGACAGGGAGAUGAAUCAGAUUCAACAUUUAUCGUAUUAAGUGGCCGACUUCGGUCAGUAAUUACGUAUAAAAAUGGGAAAAAAGAGCUCGUUGCGGAAUACGGAAAAGGUGACCUUGUAGGUAUUGUAGAAAUGGUCACACAAACUCCACGAUCAACAACUGUAAUGGCAGUACGAGACUCAGAGCUAGCAAAACUUCCGGAAGGAUUAUUUAAUGUUAUAAAACUUCGUUACCCAAUAGUAGUUACAAGGCUCAUAAAUUUACUUGGACAUCGCAUACUUGGAACUUGGCAACAAGCACACACGAAGAAUGGCAGUAGCGAUACACAACGGGCUGCAGCAACAGUCGAUGCAAGACCAGCCCAAGUAAACUUCUCAACUGUUGCAAUAGUCCCAGUAUCCGACGAUGUACCAUUAACUGCAUUUACGUACGAACUUUAUCAUUCGUUGUGUGCUAUUGGGCCAUGCUUACGUCUCACUUCUGAUGUUGUCCGAAAAACAUUAGGUAGCACCAUAAUGGAACCUGCAAAUGAAUACCGUUUAACAUCGUGGCUUGCGCAACAAGAGGAUCAACACCGAAUCUCUUUGUAUCAAUGUGACCCAACGUACACAUUAUGGACUCAACGAUGUGUCAGACAAGCUGAUUGUAUUCUUAUUGUGGGUUUAGGAGAUAAACCUCCUUCUAUAGGUAGAACUGAACGCGAAGUCGAGCGUUUAGUAAUGAGAACACAAAAAGAAUUAGUACUUUUGCACAAAGAACAAAGUGGGCAACGUCCUACAAAUACGGUGCAGUGGUUAAAUAUGAGAUCUUGGGUUUCUAGUCAUCAUCACAUUCAGUGUCCUAAACGAAUGUUUACGAGAAGAUCUCAAUAUAGAAUUAAUGAAUUGUAUUCCAAAGUUUUGAUGUCUGAACCAAACGUACAUAGCGAUUUUAGUAGACUUGCUCGUUGGUUAACCGGAACUUCAGUUGGAUUAGUGCUUGGAGGUGGAGGUGCUAGAGGUGCAGCUCACGUAGGAAUGCUUAAAGCAGUUAUUGAAGCUGGUAUACCCAUAGACAUGGUUGGUGGAGUUAGUAUUGGAGCAUUUAUGGGUGCACUAUGGUGUAUGGAAAAAAAUAUAACAACAACAACGCAGAAAGCUCGUGAAUGGUCUAAGAAAAUGACACAGUGGUGGAGACAAAUAAUGGAUUUAACAUAUCCAGUAACAUCUAUGUUUUCUGGAAAAGAUUUUAACAACACAAUCCAAGCAACAUUUGGAGACACAUACAUAGAAGACUUAUGGUUACCAUACUUUACAAUAACUACUGACAUCACUGAUUCUUGUAUGCGUACGCACACGCACGGUUUACUAUGGAGAUACAUUCGAGCCAGUAUGACCAUUGCGGGGGUCUUUCCUCCUAUUUGCGACCCUCUUGACGGGCAUCUUUUGGUCGAUGGGUGUUAUGUUAAUAACGUACCAGCUGACGAAAUGUUGAGGCAAGGAGCACAUCACAUCUUGGCCAUUGACGUUGGAUCACAAGAUGACACGGAUUUAACAAAUUAUGGAGAUUCUUUAUCUGGUUGGUGGUUAUUAUGGAAACGAUGGAAUCCUUUCGCGACGCCUGUUAAAGUUCCGAAUUUACCCGACAUACAAUCGAGAUUAGCAUACGUGAGUUGCGUACGGCAAUUGGAGGAAGUUAAAAACUCAGAUUACUGUGAAUAUAUUAGGCCACCUAUAGAUAAAUAUAAAACCCUGCAGUUUGCUAAUUUUGAUGAAAUUAAGGAUGUAGGAUAUCAACAUGGAAAAACUUAUUUCGAAGGACAGUUGAAAGCUGGAGUUCUACCACGUUUUAAUGCUGAUAGAGAAAAUGCCCGAGCAUUACGAGCAAAACAUCAAGCGGCGAAUCAACAAUCUGUAUCUUCAUAUACUUUUACAGACUUAGCUCAAAUGGUGUGUAAAGUCUCCAGAGGAAAUCGAUAUGUAGAUCUGGACAUUGAUUCCGAUACAGAUGAAUUAGAGGAAUAUGAGGCAGACUUAGAAGAAGAUGCACAAGAAGUAGGUUAUGCCUCUGAACCCACUGCCGGCAUUCUAGAUCAGAGUCCUGAUGAAAAUCGUCUACGACGGAGAACUGGUGUUUCCUUAAGUUUAUCUGAUACGGAAGCAGAAUCAGAAUUAGAUUACCAUACUAAAAUAUUUUAAGCAUUUUUUCCAAUUCUUAUUUUAACAUCACGUUUUUUCUGUGUUGUACGAUACGAUACGAUA